AACUCCCCACCACCCCCCCAAAAAAAAGGGAUUCAUUCAUUUAUUUAAUUUUUUGAAAUAAACGGUGUUUUCCCUUCUGUUCCCGACUCGCACGCGUCUCGACUGACAACCGCUGCUUCAAAAUGGGGUACGGGCGGUCGGACAGCUAUCGCGUGGCCACCACGCAGGAGGACAAAGAUGGCAAGGGCUCCCCCAAGAAGGGCAAGAGCAAGGACCUGGAUGAUCUGAAGAAGGAAGUGCCCCUGACGGAGCACAAGAUGUCUGUGGAGGAAUGCUGCCGCAAGUUCAACACAGACGUGGUGCAGGGUCUGACUCUGGCGAAGGCUGCAGAGUUUCUGGUGCGGGACGGCCCCAACGCGCUCACCCCCCCUCCCACCACCCCAGAGUGGGUGAAGUUCUGCAGGCAGCUGUUCGGAGGAUUCUCCAUCCUGCUGUGGACCGGAGCCUUGCUCUGCUUCCUUGCGUACGGAAUCCAGGCCGGUAUGGAGGACGACCCCGCGGGAGACAAUCUGUACCUGGGCAUCGUGCUGUCAGCUGUGGUCAUCAUCACCGGCUGCUUCUCCUACUACCAGGAGGCCAAAAGCUCCAAGAUCAUGGAGUCCUUCAAGAACAUGGUGCCCCAGCAAGCCUUGGUGAUCCGCGAGGGAGAGAAGCUGCAGAUCAACGCUGAGGAGGUGGUGGCUGGAGACCUGGUGGAGGUGAAGGGAGGGGACAGGAUCCCUGCCGACCUCAGGAUCGUCUCCGCACACGGCUGCAAGGUGGAUAACUCCUCCCUGACUGGCGAAUCAGAACCCCAGACCCGAUCACCUGACUGUACCCAUGACAACCCCCUGGAAACGAGGAACGUCGCCUUCUUCUCCACCAACUGUGUGGAAGGCACAGCCCGUGGUAUCGUGGUUUGCACGGGAGACCGCACGGUGAUGGGCCGCAUCGCUACUCUCACCUCGGGGCUGGAUUCGGGCAAGACCCCCAUCGCCAAGGAGAUCGAGCACUUCAUCCACAUCAUCACGGGCGUGGCCGUGUUCCUGGGCAUCUCCUUCUUCAUCCUGUCCAUCGUGCUGGGCUACAGCUGGCUGGAGGCCGUCAUCUUCCUCAUCGGCAUCAUCGUGGCCAAUGUGCCAGAGGGGCUGCUGGCUACUGUCACUGUGUGUCUGACCCUCACUGCCAAGCGCAUGGCUCGGAAGAACUGCCUGGUGAAGAACCUGGAGGCCGUGGAGACUCUGGGAUCCACGUCCACGAUCUGCUCCGACAAGACCGGCACCCUCACCCAGAACAGGAUGACCGUGGCUCACAUGUGGUUCGACAACCAGAUCCACGAGGCAGACACCACUGAGGACCAGUCCGGAGCCUCAUUCGAUAAGAGCUCCGCGACCUGGGUGGCCCUGUCUCGCGUGGCGGCCCUGUGCAACCGCGCCGUGUUCAAGGGGGGGCAGGAGGGGCUGCCCAUCCUGAAGAGGGACGUGGCGGGGGAUGCCUCCGAGUCGGCCCUGCUCAAGUGCAUCGAGCUCUCCUGCGGCUCCGUCAAACUCAUGAGGGAGAAGAACAAGAAGGUGGCAGAGAUCCCCUUCAACUCUACCAACAAGUACCAGCUCUCGGUGCACGAGACGGACGAUGUGAAUGAUAACCGCUACCUGUUGGUGAUGAAGGGAGCUCCGGAGCGCAUCCUGGACCGCUGCUCCACCAUCCUUCUGCAGGGCAAGGAGCAGCCCAUGGAUGAGGAGAUGAAGGAAGCUUUCCAGAACGCUUACCUGGAGCUGGGGGGCCUGGGGGAGAGGGUGCUGGGUUUUUGUCACCUGCUGAUGGCUGAGGACCAGUACCCCAAGGGCUUUGCCUUCGACUGCGAUGACGUCAACUUCCAGACGGAUAACAUGUGCUUCGUGGGGCUCAUGUCCAUGAUCGACCCCCCCAGGGCGGCCGUGCCCGACGCUGUGGGCAAGUGCCGCUCCGCCGGCAUCAAAGUCAUCAUGGUGACCGGAGACCACCCCAUCACAGCCAAGGCCAUCGCCAAGGGGGUGGGCAUCAUCUCCGAGGGCAACGAGACUGUGGAGGACAUCGCCGCCAGGCUCAAUAUACCUGUGAGCCAGGUCAACCCCAGAGAUGCCAAGGCCUGUGUGAUGCAUGGCACAGACCUGAAGGAGCUGUCUCAGGAGCAGAUCGACGAUGUGCUGAGAAACCACACGGAGAUUGUGUUUGCCAGGACCUCCCCCCAGCAGAAACUCAUCAUUGUGGAGGGCUGCCAGCGACAGGGUGCAAUCGUUGCCGUGACGGGUGAUGGAGUGAAUGACUCUCCCGCCCUGAAGAAAGCCGACAUUGGCGUUGCCAUGGGGAUUGCGGGUUCCGAUGUGUCCAAGCAGGCUGCCGACAUGAUCCUAUUGGACGACAACUUCGCCUCCAUCGUCACAGGAGUGGAGGAAGGUCGUCUGAUCUUUGACAAUCUGAAGAAGUCCAUUGCGUACACCCUGACCAGCAAUAUCCCUGAGAUCACCCCCUUCCUGCUCUUCAUCAUGGCCAACAUCCCGCUGCCCCUGGGCACCAUCACCAUCCUGUGCAUCGACCUGGGCACCGACAUGGUCCCUGCGAUCUCAUUGGCUUACGAAGCAGCCGAGAGUGACAUCAUGAAGAGACAGCCCAGGAACCCCCGAACUGACAAGCUGGUGAACGAGAGGCUAAUCAGCAUUUCAUACGGACAGAUAGGAAUGAUCCAGGCUCUGGGCGGGUUCUUCAGCUACUUUGUGAUCCUGGCUGAGAACGGCUUCCUGCCGUCCAUACUGCUGGGCAUCCGACUGAACUGGGAUGACCGGGCCAACAAUGACCUGGAGGACAGCUAUGGGCAACAGUGGGGGCACUACCUGCAGCGGGAGUCGCUCCGAAUGGGGGGAGUUCAAGUGAGUAACCCCCCCCCCACCUCCAAAAAAAAAAAAAAAAAAAACAUUUUACAGUUUAAAAUCCAAUUAUUGGGAGUCCAUCUAAUUAUACCCUUCCCCCUCUCCUCCAGGCCCAGUUGGUGGUUCUGUGCUUUCCCCUACAGCUUCCUGAUCUUCGUUUACGAUGAAGUUCGUAAACUCAUCCUGCGCAGAAACCCUGGAGGCUGGGUCGAAAGGGAAACCUACUAUUAAACUGUUACCUGCCCCCUCUUUCAAUCCACCCCGCCCUGCCCCGCCCCACCCAUCACAUCACAUGGAACGCUCAACACAAGCAAAACCACAGCGUGGAGGAAACUGGCCCUCUCUCUCUCUCUCUGAGCCCAACUUCAGUCUCUUGUCUGUUUUUUUGUUUUUUAUUUGUAAGUCAUGUUUCAGUAAUGUCCCACAUUGUUAUUGCUGUUUAAUUACUUGCAGUGCUAUUUAUUAUUGUUUGAAUGUUUUGGGUUUCUGAUAUUGUAUGUUGUGGUUUUUAAAAGUUGACAACGGGUUGUUUUUUGGGCCCGUUCCACUAUUGACCGUCCUAGUCGAAUACAGCUUUCUGUCUCGCUUUUCUGCUUCAAUAAUGACCACGCGUUACUCAAUAUAUGGACCGGGCUGGGUUCAUGCUGGGGUCACACUAGCUUCAACCGCAACUUUCCUAUACUCGAGAAGGCUAUCCAGAUCCAGCCCAGCGCGUGGGAGUGGACCAGACUUGUUUUUAUACUGGUCUUUGUUACAUCAACUUAUACUGAUUCUUGGUCAAGUGCUAACGGUUUUGAAUUACUUUUAAUAAAACAGGAAUAUAUAUUCUAGACAAAAAUGUACACUAGAACAUUUAGAAGCAGGCCAGAGAAUGCAGGAUCGAGAGAGAGGCUGUUGUUUCAAGUAAUGACUUCCCCUAAGCAUCUACUUUCUGUUCUCUGUCCGUCCUUUAAUUUGCUCCCCCCUCGUAGCUGCUGUUCCCUCUAGUCUGUGGGAAAGCCCCCAACCCCCUUGAAUUCACCACAGCGCUGUGUCAUGGACAGUCUCGUCAGUACAGGGAAACACACAAGUAUGUGUGUGUGUGU